UGUCAGAUCAGGCCGAAAUAUAUUGAGAAUGGCUACCAGCACCCAUACUGCGGUCGAACAUGCGCAAGAAAUAGCCCUAUCGUCAAAGGCCCUCCCUGCGUUCUUGCAGGGUGCCGGACGCCAGGAGAUACCACACACGGAGGAUUCUGCUCGGAUGCGCACGCCCGGGAGGCUGUGCAAACGCGCCAAGUGAAGGGUUGUGCGCGAUGUCGUCAGCUGCCCGGGGUGUCAAACAACCAAUGCGUGCAAUGCAUCAGGAGCCCGCGGGCGGGUACGAAACUGAGAGAGCUGAAUCCGAAAGGCGCCACUUCGCAGAGCAUCGUCUCCGAAUUUUACAGAGCGUGGGAUGGAAACGAGGAGCCCACCGUUGUGAAGGUGAUUGAGAUUGUGUUUUCGCGUGACGUCCGUGCGGCAUAUGCGCAGUACCAGCAGAAUUUGGAGACCGCGAUGAAGGUUUACGAGCUAAACACGUACCACAGCACUCAGUGCAUAUGCGACUUCGCAGUGAACGAUCUCUCCCUUUGCGAAUGGCAAUCUUGCGGGAUCUGCAGUAUCAUCAAAUCGGCCUUUGGGAGUUUCGCGUUCGGCGCCACGCAUAACUCGGGAAGUUAUGGCGAAGGCAUAUAUUCAUACCCGAACCCAGCACAGGCUGAUCAAUGGGCCACAUCUUCGACAUCAUCGCCGUUCCGGGUGAUGCUGGCUUGCAAAGUCGUCAUAUCGGCGGCCCCUCAAGCCGUCAAUGAUGGGGCGAAAGUCGUCGUCAAAACCUCGGAUGCCAUCAUGCCUAGAUAUGUUAUUCUAUACACGAAGUAG